UUCUUCCUGCACGUGAGUGUCCGAGAGAGAGAGAGAGAGAGAGAGAGAGCGAGAGCGAGAGGGACAUGGCGAUUCUUCAAUGCAACCUCACUCGCACUUCUUCUGCUUCCUCUUACUCUCGGUCUUCUUGUUCUCCGUUACUGCCGCCGGUUAAUCGCCAGUUUCCGGCUAAAUUUUCAUUGCUACACUCAUCCUCGAAAUUCCCAAGUCUAGGUGAUAAGAUUAAUUUGACAAAAAGGGACAAAAUUGCUGCAACUAGGACUAAUUGCUUUGCAAAAAUUGAGGCUAACACUGAAGUUGUGAAAGAGAAGAGUGUCUCUGUUAUUCUCUUGGCUGGAGGAAAGGGCAAAAGAAUGGGUGCAAGCAUGCCAAAGCAGUAUCUACCGCUUUUAGACCAGCCAAUCGCAUUGUAUAGUUUCUUCACUUUCUCGCGCAUUGCUUAUGUGAAGGAAAUUGUUGUGGUUUGUGAUCCAUCAUACAAGGAUAUUUUUGAAGAUGCCAGUGGGAAAAUCGAAGUAGGCUUAAAAUUCACCCUGCCUGGAAAGGAGAGGCAAGAUUCUGUGUACAGCGGACUUCAGGCUGUUGAUUUAAACUCUGAGCUUGUUUGCAUCCAUGAUUCUGCAAGACCCUUGGUAUCAUCUACUGAAGUAAUAAAGGUCCUUGAAGAUGGUUCGAUAAAUGGAGCAGCUGUACUUGGUGUUCCUGUUAAAGCUACAAUUAAAGAGGCAAACAGUGAAUCAUUUGUAGUUAAAACUCUGGACCGCAAAACCCUUUGGGAGAUGCAGACCCCUCAGGUGAUUAAGCCGGAGUUGCUUAGAAAAGGUUUUGAGCUUGUGAAUAGGGAAGGUCUCGAAGUCACUGAUGAUGUAUCUAUAGUGGAACACCUUAAGCAUCCCGUGUACAUCACCGAGGGUUUGUAUACCAACAUCAAGGUCACAACCCCUGAUGAUAUGUUACUUGCCGAGAGAAUAUUGGGCACAAGCUCUUUAGUGGGUAAAUGAGUUCAGUUUUGAUGAUUUUCUUUUUUGUGUAUAAUUUGUUGUUUGCGGUACAAGGUAGCAUUGGGGAGCCAUUUCAGUUGCUGCUGGAGGUAGUUGAGUCAGUUAAGAGUAUUGUAAUAUAAAUAAUAAAAAACAUGCGAUUGGAUUCAUUCUGGAAUCUGACUGUUGAUUUCUUCUGUAUACUCAUGUAGACUAUAAAUAAUUUGGGAGAAGGCCCGGAUGAUGAUGAUGAUUAUGGUAUUUAAGUUUUACCAUUUUGUUUCUGUU